AUGCGUGUCUUCGUCACAGGUUCCACCGGCUUCGUCGGUUCAGCCGUCGUCAAAGAACUGCUCUCCGGAGGACAUGAAGUCCUCGGCCUAGCUCGCAGCGACAAGGGAGUCGAGCAGUUAAAGGGCCAAGGCGCCGAGGUCCUACGUGGUAACAUCGAGGACCUACAAGUCCUUAAGAAGGGUGCCUCUGAAUGUGACGCCGUCAUCCACCUAGCCUUCAUCCACAACUUCGCGGAUUUCGCGGGCUCCUGCGCCACAGACCGGGCUGCCAUCACUGCGAUGGGCUCCGUCUUGGCUGCCGCCGACGGCGACCGCGCCUUGGUCGUCACCUCGGGCACCAUGAUGCUGGCACACGGCAAGCUGGGAGACGAGGACCACGAGGCCGACAUGACCAACUCGAUGGCCGCAGCCCGCGGUGCCUCGGAACCAGUCUGUCUCGACUUCGCCAAAAAAGGCGUGCGCACCAGCGUCGGUGUUUCGGCGUAUGUCGCCGAAGGCCAUAACCGCUGGUGCGCCUGCCACCGCGACGACGCUGCUAAAGUGUACCGGCUGGCGGUGGAGAAAGCAAAGCCCGGUUCCAUCUUCCAUGCGGUGGCCGAAGAGGGUGUGCCGCUGAAGGACAUCGCGACUGAGGUUGGGAAGCAGCUGAAUAUUCCCGUUGUCAGCAUCGCAUCGGAGGAAAUGGAAGAUCAUUUCGGCUGGUUUCAUUUUGGUAUCACAGCCGAUAACGAGGCCUCGAGCACAAAGACGCGAGAGCGGUUGGGCUGGACUCCUGUGUGCCCGUCGGUGAUCGAAGAUGUUCCGGCUAUUAUUGACUUUUUGAAAUCUCAGGCAAAUUAA